GAUAAAUACUACAUUCUAGUGAAGUUCUCUGCAUGUUGUCCAAUAAUUAACUUGUGGACUGAUAGCACAGAAAGAAAAGGAAAUGAGUGGGUGGAAGAGAAGAAAACCAAGUGAGUGAAGGUCAGAAACAUGAGCUAAAGUAAAAUCAGCAAAGAAAAAGGAAGGACACUGACUCAGCAGAAGCACUCUGAGGGGGAAAGAGGAAGAAGAAAGCUGUGACAGUGCGCGGUUGUGAACUGAGAGGCUUUUUUGUUGUUUUUCUCUUACGGUGGGGAAAAUGUACUCUGUGGAGGACACACAGGUGGCCAGGAACGUUGAGCUGAAUGACGGCUCUCGAAUGCCACUGCUGGGUCUUGGGACAUGGAAGUCCUCUCAUCUGUCCCCGACCUCGAUCCAGGGUGCAGUAGAGACUGGCAUCGCGGCUGGAUACCGCCACAUAGAUACUGCCUACAGUUAUCAAAACGAGGUGGACAUUGGAAAGGCUCUGCGCUCCAAGAUGCAGCAGGGUAUCAUCCGACGUGAAGAUAUGUUUAUUGUCAGCAAGCUGUGGUGUACCCAUCAUGCCCCAGAAGACAUCCCUGUGUGCCUCAAUAAGUCCCUAAGUGAUCUCCAACUGGACUACCUGGAUCUUUAUCUUGUGCAUUUCCCUGUUGGCCUAAAGAAAAUGGGUGAUGAGCUUUUCCCAAGGAAGGAUGGAAAGAUAGUGACCUCUGACGUAGACUACGUAGAUGUGUGGAGGGGGAUGGAAGCACUGCAAGCCUCGGGGAAAGUAAAGAGCAUCGGUGUGUCCAACUUCAGCAUCCUGCAGCUGGAGAGACUCCUCGCUCUGUGCAGGGUUCCCCCUGCGGUCAAUCAGGUGGAGCUACAUCCUUACCUGAUCCAGACAGAUAUGAUGGAGUUCUGCAAAUCCAAGAACAUUGCCUUGACAGCCUACAGCCCCUUCGGUUCACCUGGGAGACCCUCAGAACUGUUAAGAGAAGACACAGAUCCAUAUAAGCUGCUGGAGGACCCAGUCAUUGCUGAUAUCGCCAAGAAGCACAAACGCAGUCCUGCACAGGUCCUGCUGAGGUACCACGUGCAGCAGGGUGUUGCAGUCAUCCCCAAGAGUGAAAAGCCUCACCACAUCCUUGAAAACACAAAGAUCUUUGACUUCAGUCUGACUGAAGAAGACUUGAGUGCUCUGAAGGGACUGAACCGAGGGUGGAAGGCCUGUGAAAUUGAAGAAAUCAAGUCUCACCCGUACUACCCCUUCACCUGAGAGAGAAGACGCCACAACGACCAGCGCUGGAGCAUCCAUCAGUGACCUGUUUACUAAUAACGAUGAAAUGUUUAGAAUGAUAAGAGCCAAUGAUAAGCUCGCUUUUCUCUUUUAAUAUUUUUUUAAUUAAAGAAAAAAUGUACAAAUGCACAGAAAAAUGCAGUAGUAAUGAAUGCAGCUUUUGCUUCAAAGGCAGAGAUGACAUCUUUUAAAAACAUUCACGUUUAAUCCUAAAAGCAAGAACAAAAAAAACCUCUUUUAAAUGCAGCUUGUUCUGUUUCCUGUAUUUAGAGGAAUAUCAAAUCUGUGAUUCUUCCCAAAUACGCAACUUCUAGAGAACCUUAACCGUGCACAGUUUUAUCUGUUUUAGUAGUCGACAGCUUAAAUGUCAACAAAUCAGGCUCAUUAGCAGACGACUGACGUCUUGUUCCACACGCUGCACUCACAUUAUUUACAGUCCACAUUUCAGUGAAACUACAGAGCACCAAACAGCUAUGCAGUUAUGAGACAGUCAGUGGCAGCGACAGAUACAACACUGAUUAAGUGUCAGAUGCAGCA